AAGCGCUGCCCAACUUGUGAUGAAGAUUGCCCUGUAGCUGUGAAGAAGUGUAGGAACAGGGAAUGUGACUAUACGUUUAAAAAGAAAAAGAAGGACUGGGAGAGGGUGAAGAAGCGAGGAGUGAUUUCGCCCAGACAUGAGAGGGAGAAACUUGAAUACAGAGUAGGUAUUUACAUUGUAGAGAUGCACUAAAAACCAGCAAGUAAUAACCUGUAUUUUCCCAAUUAAGUUAGCCAAAAAAAGUUAUUACAUAAAUGGUUAAAGAGGUUCUCAUUUUCUGAAGGAAAAGAAAAUACAUUUUCGCUAAGAGUAUGUGGUGGUAUUUAAACUUAUUCCGUAUACAAAAUCUAUGUACUCUUACAUUGCAAUAAAUAUUUUAGUGAUAAGACACCUAUUUUUUUCAAAGAGGAUCCUGAUUGCUUACUUACCUUCUUUAGCCAAGGUUACAAAACGUUUUAUAGAUUUUAGAAAAUACGAGGCCUGCGAAUACAGCAAUUUCUCCUCGUUCGAAUUGUCACCGGAGAUGUUUCCCUAGGAGAAAUGUCUGUCCCACACAAGAAGCACCCAUAUUAUUUACAUAGUUGUUGUUUUUUAAACAAAAACCCACUGUGAAGUAAGCCAAAAUAUACUUGUGGCAAUAACAAAAUAAAAUUAUCGUUGUGUCCCCAGUUAGUGCCAAGAGGUACUAGAACAAUUAGACACUUUAAUAAAGGUUAUGUAUGUAUGCAUGUGUGCUCUUCAAUUAAAUGAAUUGAGUGCUCUACGAAAUACAGUCUACCCAGAAUACAAGUAUGUUUGUAUGUAUGUAUGUUUGCUUUUAUCAAUCAUUGGUAUUUUCAGUUAUCACUUAGGUUUCUAUUUUUUGUUCAUUAUUGGUUGUAAUUGAUAUUAAGACGUUAUUAUUAAUAUAAACUUUGCAUGAGGGUUGCGAUUACAAUGUAGUUGUUUUACACCACUGCAAACAUGCCAAGGGAAAUUCAAUUUUCCCUUAUGCCACACCGGGGAAAGCUUUUGAAUUUCUUGGAGAUCGCUCCAAAGACCACCCACCAUCUGAUGAGGGCCGUUUCUUCCUCCAAAUGUUUUCGCAGUUU